AUGCAAGCAUUAUUAAGUGUUUAUAAUAAGAGUGGUGUUGUUGAUUUCGGUAAGAUUCUCGCUCAAGCUGGAUUCAAGAUCAUCUCGACUGGCGGUACUUCAAAGUCGUUGGUCGAUGCCGGUGUGCCAGUUGUACAGGUCUCUGAUAUCACAGAGUACCCAGAGAUGUUGGACGGUCGUGUAAAGACCUUGCAUCCACGUGUACACGGUGCUCUCCUCGCCAGAACCGACCUGCCAGAGCAUCAAGCCGAUCUCGCCAAACACAAUAUAAACCCAAUUCAAUUGGUUGCCGUCAAUCUCUACCCAUUCGUAGAGACCAUCUCAAAACCAUCGACCACAUUGGCCGAUGCAUUAGAAAACGUUGAUAUCGGUGGACAUACUCUUAUCAGAGCAUCAUCGAAAAACUUUAAACAUGUUAUUAUUGUUGUUGAUCCAAAUGAUUACAAGUGGAUCGGUGAAAGAAUCCAAAAGAGUGGAGUCGAUUCUAUUACUUUGGAGGAGAGAAGCAAGUUGGCAUUGAAAGCUUUCCAACAUGGUGCUCAAUAUGAUGCCGCCGUUAGCCAAUACUUGUCGACCGUCAGCCUGGAGGGUGGAAAGACAUUGGAGACUGCCACCGGUGAUAAGACCGUUGAAUUCCCACAAACCUUUGUACCAUUAUACGAGAAGAAGAACGAUUUGCGUUACGGUGAGAAUCCACAUCAGAAGGCUGCUCUCUACUCGCUGCCGGGUGUCGGUGGUAUUGCCAACGCCGAGUUGCUCCACGGUCCAGCUCUCUCCUACAACAAUAUUCUCGAUGGAGAUGCCGCGCUGAAGGCUGUCCGUGAAUUCAGUGGAACCGCCUGUUGUGUCAUCAAGCACACCAAUCCAUGCGGUCUCGCCAUGCAUGAGAAUCAAGCAGAGGCAUACGUUCGUGCCUUCAACGGAGAUCCCAAGUCGGCAUACGGUGGUAUUCUCGGAUUCAAUCGUACAUUGACUUUGGACGCUGCCAAAGCACUCAAGAGUGUCUUCUACGAGGUCAUCAUCGCACCAGACUACGAGAAAGAAGCUCUGGAGCUGUUGUCCAAGAAGGAGAAACUCAGAAUCCUCAGAAUUCCAGAGGCCGCCACCCAAGCCGCCUUUGCUCAACCCGACGUCAGAACUAUCACCGGUGGUGCACUCCUCCAACAACCAAACCCAAUUAUUAUUGGUGGUGUCGAUGAGGCCUGCAAGAACUGGAAGGUCGUCACUAAGGUCGCUCCAACCGCCGAGCAGAUGCGUGACCUCUUGUUUGCCUGGAGAGUCAGCAAGCACGUCAAAUCAAAUGCUAUCGUCGUCGCUCACGACAAUCAAAUCGUUGCCAUCGGUGCCGGUCAACCAAACCGUGUCCAAUCUCUACACAUCUGUGUCAGAGUCGGUGGUGACAAGGUCAAAGGAUCAGUUUUGGCUUCGGAUGCCUUCUUCCCAUUCGCAGACAGCAUUGACGCUGCCCACGAAGCUCAAGUCAGUUGUAUAGUCCAACCAGGUGGUAGUAUCAGAGAUCAAGAAGUAAUUGAUGCUGCCGACAAAUUUGGAAUUCCAAUGGUUUUCACUGGAAAUAGAAAUUUCCUUCAUUAA